UUGAGCAAAAAAACCCUCAAAACUAAAUCACACCCCUAAUAAUAAUCUUCGUAAUAUCGCCGCUUAUUUUAUAAAACUCCGCACUGUUGCUUUACAUCGUUGCUUACUUUGCAUGCACCAGGUUCAAAUUCCCUAUUAACAAAAUUGUUUUCUCAGGUAAAUGUAUUCAAAUGUAGGCAAACGCUUGAAACAACAGUUCGGGAGUACAUUUGUCUACCUGUCUGUUCUGAAACGAGAGAAAUCAUCUCUAGUCCCUUCCGGGCUAGGAAGUAAUCCCUCGGAUAUCUCUCUCGGAUCUUCCAGAAUGGCAACGAAUGAGAGACGCAAUCUUUCAGGAGGGGAUUUGCAAUCUCGCGGUAUCUCUUCUGCUCCCUCUUUCUCACAUCGGCUAGCGACUUCCCUUAACCAUCCAUUUCAACCCUUUUUCUCCCUCUCCCUCUAUGUUUCUACAAUAUGUUUCUAUGUUCCUCUCUUGAUUUCUAUCUCCCUCUCUUCCCCUUUUCUCUCUACCACCAUCUACGACCUUCCGCAAUAAUGCUCUAUCGGCGGGACAGCACGACGAACGUGCAAUUUGCGGCCAAGCUCCGGCUUUCUCGAAUAAUUGAUGCAAUUUCCGGGUUGCGAGCGAGCUGCGAAUGACCCUGAGAAUCCGGAUUUUAGGUGAAUUCACAAAAUACUCGCGUCACAACAAUAUUAAUUUCCGUGUGCUUUUCAAGUAAUGUUACAUCGAAAAUCGUAAAUUUUUCAUACAUGAUUCGUAUCACAACAUAUUAUAACAGUGAAGAAGAGUUUGCAUAAGCGACCUAUACAUAAAUCGAUGUAACGUUAUUUGUAACGUCGAUCGUAUGUCAUUUGCCGGCCUCACAAAUAUUGUUCAUCGCACCUACUCGACACAUCCAUAAUAAUCAUUGAUGAGAUUAUGCUAAAAGCAUGGAAGCGAACGAUAAUGUAACGGUGAUAGCACUACACAAUACCCGAGCACCGCGUUGUCGCCGCAAUCAGACAGAAAGUUGGACACAUCUAUCGCCUAACUGCUGCCGACUCUGGACUAAUUCUAUUAGUUGUCCCUGGUGAGCUUUCUAUGACACCGCAAACCCUCUUCGCUUCGCAUUUCUGUACGAUUAAUUUCGCAGCUUCUUUAAAAAACUCUUUAAAAGAUUUUACAUUGAUUUCAUAUCGAAAACAUUUCGAAUUUCUCAUUAGUGACCAAGCAAUAUAUAAUAUUUCGUUAAUAUAUAGGAUUGAUUGACUUGUGUUUUUAAUUUACUCGAUAAAUUGAUACAUGCAUAGGUAAUUAGUAAAUCUCUCGGUGCUUGCGGCGCACGUUCAUUAUGGCUAGAAGAAUUGGCGCAUUUAAAUGGCAAAAACAGCGGAUUAAUUCGCAUUAUGAAUAUUUGAUCGCACCGUGACUGGCUGAACUUUAAAAGGCUUCCGCGAAUGCAAAUUAAUGCACGCACGUAAAAAAGACCGACAGGCGGGCCAGUGAAUGCGGCUUUUGCGAUAUGCGCGACCCAUAAUUAAGUUGUAGAUUAGUUUUAGCGGAUUAAACGGGAAUAAACUAUAAUCCAAACUUGUACGCGAAUUGUAUUGCACCUGUCCCGUUAGUGAAAUUGACUUUGAGUAGAACGACGAAUGAAAAUCCAGAGUGGCCCUCCAACAAGUUUCUAAAUGGUUCUGAAAAAAUACCUCAGACUUUAUGACGUUCUCAUAAAUACAGAUAUUAUUUUAUUAAACUAAAUUACAUAAAAUAAAGAGACUUUUAUGCAAGCAAGAUCCAUGAAAAACGCCACAAUUUUAUGAUGCUCUCUGAAAAAUUACUCAAUAUUGAACCAGUAAAAACCGUUGUCUUUUCUCAAACUUCAGGUCACCAAUGGCUGAAGACGAACCUCGACGUAAUUCCCGAAUCGGGCUGGUCCGUCGAUCCAUUUGGCCAUGGCGGCACCAUACCCUACUUCCUGAAAGCGUCAGGUGCUUCCGGCACAGUGAUCCAAAGGAUACACUACGCGUGGAAGCAAUGGUUUGCCAGAAAACAAUAUGGAGAUUUUAUCUGGCGGCAACCAUGGGAUCGCACCGGUGCCGCCGAUAUGCUUACCCACAAUCAGCCCUUCGACAUCUACAACAUCAAGCACUCGUGCGGCCCGCACCCCCAUGUCUGUUUAAACUUCGACUUCCGCAAGAUACGCGGCGAGUACACCGAGUACUCGGUACGUGCUGUCGAGAUUACGCCCAACAAUGUCAAGCAGAUGGCCGAGCUUUUGCUGGAGCAAUAUGCGAGAACCGGCUCGUUAUUCAGCCACAACGUCGUGCUGAUGCCUCUUGGCGAUGACUUUAGAUACGAUCACGCAAUUGAAUGGGAUCAACAGUACACCAACUACAAAAUCCUGAUGGACUACAUAAAUAGUCGCAAGGAUGAGUAUAACGCUGAGGUGGUGUUUGGCACGCCAAAGGACUACUUUCGCGAGAUACAGAAACGCGUAGACAAGUUUCCGUCGUUGAUGGGAGACUUCUUUGUGUACUCGGACAUCUUCAGCGAAGGCAGGCCGGCCUAUUGGAGCGGCUAUUUCACCACCAGGCCGUACAUGAAGAUCCUGGAUCGCGAGUUGGAGGCAAAUCUUAGAUCUGCCGAGAUCCUGUACACGAUUGCAUUAAAUCUUGCCAAGCAGUCCAGCAAGGACAUAAAGCUCUACGAGACGUACUUUGAGAAGCUGGUGAAGGCGCGACGUAACUUGGGCCUGUUCCAACAUCACGACGCGAUUACUGGCACAUCCAAAUCCUUUGUCAUGAAGGACUACGCGCUGAAGCUGUUCGAGUCGAUUUCCGACACGACGAGUUUGCAGAGCUUCGCCAUACAGUCGCUAGCGGCCGUCACCAGUGGCAAGUCAAACUCCGUUUACGUAUUGGCUGAGUCAGAUAGGGACAGCUACGAGAAACUGCCUAAAAAGAUACCAAUCAGUGUGAAUAACCACGAGACCAGGAAGAUCGUUCUCUUCAAUCCGCUGGCGCAACCCAGACAGGAGGUGAUCAGCCUGAAAGUCACGUCGUACAAGAUCAAGGUAUUGGAUCCACAACGGAACCCGAUCGCCUACCAAAUCGCGCCAGUAAUGAACGCCACGAGCAUUACGCAUGACGUGUACGUGGUGCUAUUCGUGGCCGAGCUGAAGCCGCUGUCGAUCGCUACGUACCACCUACAGCAAGUCGACAAAGUGCCGGCGGAAGCGAUCUCGACGGUUUACUGCAGCCGCUGCGGCAAGGACAGCGUUUUCCCCAUCAAGCCGAUGCAAGUGGGCGACGUACAACUGGAGAAUCAACGGAUGAAACUGCUGUUCGAUGGCCAGACCGGCUUCCUCAAGAAGGUCACGAAGAAAUCCACCGGCAAGAUCAUGCAGUGCGCCGUGCAGUUCGCCGCUUACCCGUCCGCGCAAUUCCACAGCGGUGCGUAUCUCUUCAUGCCCGAUCCGAAUCUACGUGACACGGACAAGGACGUCCUCGAGGCGUACACGCCGCACCAGAAGAUCUACAUAGUCAGCGGCAGCCUGAGCUCCCGCCUCACCGUCGAGUACGGCCGGUUGCUAACGCAUCACGUGGCGAUCUAUCACCGCGACGGCGGUCUCGGCGAGGCCAUCUAUCUGCGCAACAUCGUCGACUUCGAAACACCGCCGAAGAAUCGCGAGACGGAGAUGUUCAUGCGAUUGCAGACCGACAUUUCGAAUGGGGACCCACCCGAAUUCUACACCGACUUGAACGGUCACCAGAUGAUCAAGCGCACCAAGAUUGAGCGGAUCGGCAUCGAGGGCAACUACUUCCCCAUCACGACGAUGGCCUACAUCGAGGAUGCGAAUCAACGGCUAACACUGCUGGUGAACCACUGCCAGGGAGCGGCCAGCUACCAGCCCGGCUGGCUAGAAGUGAUGUUGGACCGCAGGACCCUGUACGACGACUCGCGCGGCAUGGGCGAGGGUCUGCUGGACAAUCGACGCACCGUCAUCAAGCACUGGCUGUUGCUCGAAGAUGUCGCUGGUGGCAUCCGCGAUACCUAUUCCAGGCCGUCGCUGUUUGCCAAUCAGCUGAGCAAUGCCCUCAACUAUCCGGUGAACAUCUUCGUGGUGGACGGCAGCGAGCAGGAGAUCACGAUGGCAUCGGAAGUGCGACUGCUGAGCCAGAGCUUCCCCUGCGAUCUGCACUUGCUCAACCUACGCACCAAUCACGAUCAGAAGCUGCCACACUUCCCGGUAAGCAGUGCGCUGAUGGUCCUCCAUCGGCAAGGAUACAGCUGCACCGUGGGCGUCGACGUAACGCUCAAGCACUGCCCACUCACCGAUAAAAUCGCGCAAGGUACUGCGUUUUAUAAACUCGACAAUGUCAACGUCACGCGGACGUCACUGACCGGCACGCGGCCAGGCCUACGCCUCAAGGACGGCCUGCAGGAAAUUGGCCUGCAGCCAAUGCAGGUUGAAACGUACAAUCUGAACUUUGCGCAAUGAUCGUGAGCCCACCAAUCGCGCGGCCGUUGAAACCCGUCAUCACCGGCGUUAACAACGUUCAUCGGUGAAGGGAAACGCGACAACACGCGCGGCCCUUCUUCGAAUUGACACUGCCGAUACAAUCGUACCAAGUACCUACCUCUCUGUACGCAUAAUGCGCGCGAUUUUAGCGAGAACCGUAUGAUGAUUCAUAGUUCCUCGUGGAACAAUACCGGAUGAAAAACAGUAACAAGUAUCGCGGAUAAUAUUCAACGUUUUAGGAUAAUUGACGUAAUCGACUCGCGCUCGGAUUUUAUACCGAAAGAAAGCGGAUUCUUUCGCAUCGAACUUUUUAAUUACCGAUUUAAUUAUGAUAUGUAAGAAACGAGUUUUUAUUCAUACCUUUUAAUACCAAUCUCAUUGAUGUGCUUCAUUGAGCGGAAUACGACGCGCAUUAUCCUACGAGUUAUCGGAACGGCUACCGAUGCGAGGAUUUUCCACGCUAUAUAUUUCACGUAGUGCAUAAGUUUAGCCAAAUUUUAUGCUAAAUCGGAAAACGGUGCGGAUCACAUUCCGCGGGAAAACUUUGUAGGACAGGCAGGAAGAGGAGUGUGUAAAUAUUUCAAUCGACGCAAUGCAGUUGCUAAUUAUAACAAAUGUGCAAUUACGUGCGUUUACUACUGUAUAUAUUGCUCCUGUGCGAUGUGCUUACGCAUAUCGCCGACGUCAAGAACGGAAAGUAUCGAGAGGAAAAGAGAAGAGAGAGAGGGAGAGAGGGAGAGAGAAUAAUGUACGCAUAUAAAUGUAAUUAUAAAGUACAGCGAGUGCCAGAAGUUUCAGAAUAUGAUCAAAUAUCCCGAAAAACGGACAUUUCAGUAACAAAUGUUUCAAACAAAUAUUUUAGAAUUAAAUAUAUUGACAGGUAAAUUUGUUAUUAAUAUAAGUUAUUUGACCUUGGAAUGGCCUUGGAAAGCUGCGUUUAAUGCGUCAACUUUAAAAUUUUUAAUGGAAACGUCCGCUUUUUAUUGCAUAUUCUUGUAGCUAAUCUUGAGAGCUUUUCAAAACACUAAUAAAGUUUUUUUUCAUUAAGUACUUUCCAAGGCUUGAGCCUUCACAGUUACGGUAUCACCGGCAUUAGUAUUACCAAAAGUGUACCGCGUGAAGAUUAGUUGAUCAAAUUUAAACCUCUUGUGUGCGUGCGUGUGCGUUUGUGUAUUUGUUGCGCGCACAGGCGUUACGGAAUAAUUAAAAUGCUUUCGGUUGCAUAGACGCAUUUACCGAGAAGAGUGAUGCCAUUAAUGCCUCGAGAUGGCCAUCAAUAUUAAUCUCUCAAUAAUCAAACUUUUAAUAUCUUUCGAACGAGACUAAUUCCAUUCUGAUUGUUUUCCGUUCCACUCCUCAUUCGUCUCUGUGACAUUUGGAAAAUUGUUAUAAUCGGUUUCCCGCCUUUAUAAGUAUUCAAGUAAACAACCCUAAAAUAUUUGUUUAAAACAUUGUUUUGCUGCAACACGCAGUUAUUUAACAAUUUUGGAACUUUCGGCGCUCACUGUACAUUAACCAUUUUACCCCAUCUUCCUGUUCGCGGAGUCUAAGAGAUCUAAUAAAUAUCUAUACGUAUAUGCGCUGGAGCGAGAGAUCUUCCAAGUUCAUCUUGACCCUGUUUUACUUAUCCGAUUAUUAAAGUACCCGUCCUUUCAUAAUCCAAUAAGUUUCUCCAUUGGACAUAACUCUAAUCAUAUUUCACUUUUAACAUAUUUCUCAUGAACAUUUCGUGGAACAUUUUCAAGCUUUCUAUUCAGUCUUUCUAUCGUAUUAAAUUGCAAUAUAUAUACAAAUUCUUUUCUUCGUUUAUUAAAAACUAUAAAAUAUAAAACGAUAAAACGAAAAAAUAACGCUAUUGAAUUUGUAUCGUUUCUAUACAAUUCUUUUCCUCAAAAAAA